UAAAAACACUAUGAUUAGGAGUUAACAUACUGUGCCGGUCGACCCCAUAUGAUUGGGAAGAGAGAUGCUUGAAAACACUAUUAUAUUUUAUGUUAAAAAUCAUUGGAGUAUUUAUAAUAAGACUUUCGUAGAUUUAAAAAUUUACCUAGACGUAGUUUUCAUAUGGUAAUUAUUUAUUAUUUUUAAUAAGCAAAGUAGUUAAAACACCAGCUAAUAAAUACGUUAAAUGAAUUCUUGUUAAUUUACACGAUAAAAAAUAAUCAGUAAUGUACCUUGGCAUGGUAUACAUUUAUUGAAAAUACUAAUUACGUAUACCUAUGACAUUGACAUCAAGCUGUUGAAAUCAUUUACCCGCAUGCAUACAAACCCAUAGAUAAUGACUACACUUCCAAAACACAUUCAUUAAAUACCUUUGAAGAAGACAAUGUCGAUUCCUGCAGUUGUAUUGAUAGGAACUCUCCUGACCUACGCCAAUGGAAGUGUCUUUGGUGUUAAUUUGAGGAAAAUGUGCCUUUGCCGUUGUGGAGUGGUACAAAAUAAGACUUAUCCAUAUCAAUUUCCAUGGUUAGCGGUCGUGCACACUGGUUCUCAACUCGUGGGAGGAUCAUUAAUUUCAGACCAGCAUGUUUUAACUUCAGCGUCCGAACUGUUUGGUUUACCUCACACACAAAUCAGUAUUACCUUAGGCUCUCAUGACCGCUGCGGAGGAGGUCACAGCAUUAACGUGAGCGCAGCUCUGGUGUCCAUAAACCCAGGGUAUUCUCCCACCAGCUCAGUGGGUAAUCUAGCUUUGAUAAAACUGCGAUAUCCAGUCACGUUUAAUGAUUUUAUUUCUCCUGUUUGCCUGCCGUAUUUGGGUAUGCAAGACUACGGACUAAUAGCAUGGACAUCGGCUUGGCGUCUAAACUCAGAUUUUUCUUCGUGUAUUCCUCGUCUGGCUAUCUCUCCGGUAUUCCCUGCCAGCUCGUGUGCCGGCAGUGUGAACCAUGAGCUGCUGACUUCUGAUAAAGGCUGCUUUAAUCCUUUAGGCUCACGGAGUUUUAUUUGUGAGUUGGACCUAGGAGCCCCUGUGUUCUGGCGACGCUCCAGUCACUUUCCAUUCCUCGUAAUCGGAGUGAUCUCAUCUUCACCUACGUGUCCCACGCUCGAACCUAACGCCACAUCCUUGUUCACCAAGGUUGCAGACUACCUUCCAUGGAUCUACGACAGGAUACGAUCUGAUUGCAAUUGUUUUUGAUCACUUGUCCAAUGUUUGGAUGAAAUAGAAUUUGUGGUAUUAUCAUUGAUAUCUUUCCAAAUUUCUAGGGUUGUGCACAUUUUUAAGCGUUUUGAAAAAUGUAUGUGUGGAACCACGACAAAAGUGUAAAAUUUUGUGUGAUACUUAAUAUGUGAAUUGGUAUAUUUGCAACUGAAUCAAGUAAAUAAAAAUUG